AUGGCACUCAACAGGGACAGCGCCGCUAUCACCCUCACCGAAGUCGAUGAGGUUAACCAUCCUACGGCGACCUACAUCUACUCCGAGCCCGCAGCGGGCCCUGCACAUCUCACCCAUGAGAAGAAGCAUGGCGAGCGUUGGGGACGCGUGGACGUAGCGCAUGCUCCCUCUAGCGCCUCGGCAUCUUGGUCUUCAAAGGCCCUUCUAGACUUCCUGGUUGACGUCUUCCUUCCUGCUGGGUAUCCCCAUAGUGUCACGGACGAUUAUGCGCCGUAUCAAUUCUUUGACUCCCUCCAAGCCUUCAGCAGCUCCAUUGCCGGUCUCUUAUCGUCAAGAGCCGUACUGCAAGGCGUCGGAGUCGGCAACGCCGAUGCCUCUCCAACUUCAGCCCUAUUGCUGCAUAUUCUCCAAGACACUUCUGGCCGGAUCGCCACAAUUCUCUUCGCACACCGGGUCGGCACCGCUCUCGAACCAGAAUGCAAGAUGUACCGACUUGCGGCAGAUGUCUUCAACGAUCUGGCAAUGAUCUUGGACUGUCUAUCGCCCAUGAUCCCAGCAGGAGCCCCCCGAGUCAUCAUACUCAGCACGGCCGGUGUCCUACGAGCUCUAUGCGGAGUAGCUGGUGGAAGUUCCAAGGCGAGUCUGAGUGCGCAUUUCUCUCGAUGGGGGAACCUCGCCGAGGUCAAUGCCAAAGACUCAUCACAAGAGACAAUCAUAUCACUGAUUGGGAUGCUCGUUGGCUCUUUAGUAGUCUCUCGUGUUACCAGUUUCGCCGCGACUUGGAUUUCCCUCUUAAUGCUCCUUGCCCUUCACCUCAGUCUGAACUAUGCAGCUGUCCGCUCCGUCCAAAUGACCAGUCUCAACAGACAACGAGCAAACAUCGUCUUGUCAACCAUUUUAAAUUCCGAUUCAGAACUCACCCAUCUCACGCACCCCGAACCCACCGAACAAUAUUCCCCCUCUCCCUGGAAGACUCUAACCCCAGCCCAAGUCGCCAGUCAAGAGAAAAUCUUUGAAACUGACGGUAUCCUCCGCUGGUUCCUAACAACAAAAACAACGCCCACGCCCUCCUCCCAAACACUGGGUUAUUGCCGGAUAGGCAUCUCCCUCCAACAAUUCAUCGCCUCCUCCUCCUUCUCCAUAUCAACCAGCACAGAAUCCCUCCAAACCCCCAUCCCAAUGCCGCAUCUCAUCUCUCUCUUCAGCGAAGAGCACUACAUCCUCUACCUCACCAAUCGGAAACUCCGUACCUGGCAUGCGAACAUCCUUCUGAAGAACACCAGUACAGCCCAAUCCCAGCUAAAGGCCUGGGCACAUGCCUUAGUAGCUGCAAGGGAUUUGUCGAAAUCAUCUUCAGACGAAUUUGACGUUGAGGGUAUCAUAAAUGUUCUGGAACGGACAUUGGAUUUCCUGAAUGAUGACGGGAGGUUCGGUCGGUAUGUUACUGCAUUGACCGAGAAAGGCUGGGACUUGAGUGUUGCUGCUUUGGAGACUAGAUCCGGGCGGAGAAUCGUCGUGUAA